AUGAUCGUAUCCUUUCCCGCCCUCCACCCCCAAAGCGGCAAGCCCAUCACCUUUAACCGCGACUACUACUUAAACACGCACAUCGCGAACGUCGCCAAAGAAUGGCUCCCCUACGGCUACCUCGGCUACCACUUCAACGAGUUCCUCAACCCCAACCCCGUGACCGGACAACCGCCCGAGUACGCUUUCCAGACGGUAGGCUACUUUGAGACGUUGGAGGGCUUGUUCAAGGCAGCCGAGGCAUCGAAGGAGGCGAGUAUAGCGGAUACCCCGAAUUUUACGGAUGAGGGGGUGGUGCCGAGUAUUUUGAUUGGAACGAGGAGUGUGGAGAAGAGCUUUAAGUAG